GCCCGCCUCCCGCGACCCAACGUCUCCGCCGCCGGCUCCGCGCCGCCGCCAUGGCCGACGUGGAAGACGGCGAGGAGCCCUGCGCCCUGUCCUCUCACUCCGGGAGCGCAGGAUCCAAGUCGGGAGGCGACAAAAUGUUCUCUCUCAAGAAGUGGAACGCGGUGGCCAUGUGGAGCUGGGACGUGGAGUGCCAUACGUGCGCCAUCUGUCGGGUCCAGGUGAUGGAUGCCUGUCUUAGAUGUCAAGCUGAAAACAAACAAGAGGAUUGUGUUGUGGUCUGGGGAGAAUGUAAUCAUUCCUUCCACAACUGCUGCAUGUCCCUGUGGGUGAAACAGAACAAUCGCUGCCCUCUCUGCCAGCAGGACUGGGUGGUCCAGAGAAUUGGCAAAUGAGAGCCGUGGAAAGUGUCCUUCAUGCAGGUGUUCAGAGUCCUGCUGGCUCUUGUUAUCAAGUGCCCUAUGAAGGCUAGAAUUCUCCAGGGGCCUAAUUCUUCCAAUAAGAGACAAUGGAUCUGUGGUCUUCUGAGAUUCAUCAAAGGCAUGGUUUAGCGUUUUUCAGCUUUAUUUUCAGAAAUCCUCAACAACUAAGAAGAUAAUUUAUUAAAGAUGGUCUUUCCUACCUCUGUGGUAUGUGUCUCACACACUGCUUAGAAGUGCUAUAAAGGAGAGAACUGUAAAUUGAACGACCUUUAUAAUUUACUCACUGAUAUCCAAGGAGCUAUGGAAGCAGUUCCGUUCAGAAGAGAACUCUUUGCAUGCUUAUGGUUGAUCAGUUAAAAAACAAAGACAAUGUUAUAGUAACAAAUAAAGUGCAGUUUAAAACCCAACUCA